AUGGCGGCGACUUCGAAAGAAACGAAGGAAUGCAAGAUGUCAAAGUCUUUCAAGAAGCGAUUAGAUAUGUUGGAGUGCCCGUACACAUCUGAUGUUGAUGAGUCCUGGAUUUCACAGCUUCUCCUUAAGCCUGGGGAGUCGAGGAUAAGAAUUCUUCAUUGGCUGUUUUCAAGGUUUGACCAGGCAGUGAGUGAUGUACUUGAUGCUCAGUACUCAUCAGUUACCACACAUGUGGAUUCCAGGCUACAGAGGUUGUUACAAGUAGCCUCUGCUCUUGGAUUGUGUUCCUAUGAUGACAUUGACUUGGUCAGGGGAGUGACCACAGGACCAAAACAGUGGUUGUUUUUGGACCAGUUGCUGGACAUUGUGAGCAUUGCUGACUCAGCCGAAGAUCCGCAGACAAAGUCCUUCAGUGUGCCAGGAGUUGUUAGUGACAGUUGGAGCCUGGAGGAGCAGUUCACACAGGACUCUGUGUAUCUGGAGAGACUGGUCACUCAGGAGAGGAUGACCACGCUGUUCCACCCUGCCAUCACACUCCUGCCACCGGACCUUGCUCACAAGCUAGAGCGAUCCUGGGUGGAAAGAGGGUUCACCAAAGACAAACCUCCUCUACCAGAUGUCAAGCAGUUGUCUGAGAGUUACUCCGAUCUGAUGGGUCAGCUAACAAGACAGAGAGAAAUUCUACAAGAACUGCUGGAAGAGUUGCCUCAGAAAGAGGACCAGAACUCUGACCUGAACCAUGUCAGCACUACCUUGGGGUUGAUGCUGAAGGAGCUGGGACAGUUCAUCACAGGCUUCACAUACAGCUUCGAGAAUGAGAUCCGUCCCUGGUGUAACAAACCCCAGCCUCACCUGACACCCCUGGGGCCGGCUGUGAAGAGGGUUCACAGCCUCCUGUCAGGUCUGAAAGAGUGGAUUCUACCAUGGCAGCUGUUGCGAAAUUUCAGAAUUAUGUGAAGAUUUUGGAGGAGUCGAAUUCACGAAGAGGCAGUUCGAUAGACCCUUCUGUUUGACAAAUGGUGAAAAUCUUAUGGAUAUAUGUUUAUUGUUGCUUUUUGUCAUGAUAAUUGAAACACUUCGGUAUGUUUCAUUUUGAACAUGAUACAGAUCGAAUAUGGAGAA